AUGGCCGAGCUCCUGCUUCGGAGAACGUUCUCCAGGCUGAGGGGCAAAGAGAAGCUCCCCGGGAAGAAGGAGCGAGAGCGCCCCUCGGGGAUGCUGGACUCUCCCAUGGAGCUGGAGCCAGGCCCUGGGCCAGAGCCAACAUCUCAUGACCUCGAUGGGAGCUGUCGGAGAGGGGCAGCCAUCACCGUGUCCAGGAAGCAGAGCUGGGCCAGGUUCUCAUGUGGCAUCCGGGACGUGCCAUGUAGCUCUUACAGCAGGAAGGUGUCUGCCAGCCCCACGGCCUCCGCAGAGCUGCAGGAUGAGGGUGAAGGGGUAGGGCCAGUUGCCUGUGGGCAAGAGACUGACGGGGACCCCCAGUGCCCUCUGCGACCCCAGGAGCUGUUCUCCCCCACCCACACAGGGGGGCCAGCCAUUAAGGAUGAGGCCUGGCUUGUGGAGAGCCCCCCAGACCCAGCGCCCCCCACCCCUCAGCCUGGCCUGGCCCUGGCGACCCCAGCCCCUCAGCCCGGCCUGGCCCCUGGUGAUGAGGAGGCUGAGUCGAUGUGCAGGUAUGUGGAGCUUUGCACCUCCGGCAGUGCUGUGAGGUCUGCCAGUCAUGGCGCCUACUUGCAGAACCUGGAGAGGAGCAGCCGCCACUGGAUCCUCUCCUCGGGCAAGGCCCAGGGCCUGGAGGAGUUGGCCCCCAGCGCCAGCACAGAAUUGAAGGAGGUGGGCGCCAUGGGCAGCGAAGGGGAGAUCUGGUACAACCCCAUCCCUGAAGAUGAGGACGUUGUGGGUGUCAGGCAAGGCACCGAGCCUGGCAGCUCCUGGAGGAAGUGGGGCAGUGGCACAGGGAGCCGGGAAUCUGACAGGGACAAGGCCAGGCCCAGCAGGGCAGAGCCAGGUGAUGAAGGGCCCCCCAGGAGCAUCGCCAGGCAAGUGGAGAGCCCCAGCUCACAGAAUACACCUACCCCAGCUGGGCCAGUGGGCCGAGGCGAGGAGAUGGGUGCCGGCAGGACACAGGCCUAUGGGAAGUUGCCGAUUUCAUGUGUGAACGUGGCUGUGGGGUUGGCUGGCCCAUCCCCGCCGCUGAGCCCCAGCAUCUCCAAGAAGGGGCGCUCCCUGGGCAGGGUGAAGUCCCCGGGCACCGUGCGCCGCCUUUCCCUGAAGAUGAAGAAGCUGCCUGAGCUGAGGAGGAAGCUGAGCCUGCGUAGUGCCCGGCCCCGGGGUCAGGAGCCUGAGGGCAGUGGCAGCACCUCACCCCAGGAUGCCCGCAAGGAGCCGGGGAAUGUCAUCAGCCGCUACCACCUGGACAGCAGCGUGGCAUCCCAGCAGGGCCAACACCGUGCCAAGGCAGCCAGCAAGGGCGGCUACCUGAGUGAUGGUGACUCCCCUGAGCUGCUGGCCAAAGCGGACAAGCGUGCCUGUCCCGGGCCAGAGGGCCAUGACCCUGGGGCCAGGCUGGACGUGGAUGCCUUCCAGCCCUACAGCUCCUUGGAACAGCCGCGCUGUGUGCAGCCCAUCUCAGGCCUAGUCAGUGUCCACCUGCAUGGUGUGGGGGACCUUAAGCCCCCAAAGGCUGAGUCCAGGGAGGUGUUCUGCGUCCUGCAGGUGGACGCAGCCCCCAAGGCGCGCACGGCCCUGCUGCCCUGGACAGCCGCCUUCCUCAGCCUCAACCACACCUUCAACUUGGAACUGGAGGGCGCCCGACACCUCAAGGUCAUUGUCUUCUCCUGGGAUCUGGCUACCUGCCGGAACCGUGUGUGCUGCCAUGGCACCAUUGUCUUGCCCUACGUCUUCAGAGGGUGCAGGGCCCAGCAGCUGGCAGUGCGGCUGGAGCCGCGCGGGCUGCUCUACUGCAAGCUGACGUUGGUGGAGCAGUGGGACAUGCCCAGCAGCCCCAGUGACCGGGAGCCCCGGGUCUUUGGCGUGGAGCUGCGUCACUUGGUGGAAAGGGAGAACACUGCCACCAAGGUGCCGCUGCUGAUCCAGAAAUGCGUCUCCCAGAUCGAGACGCGGGGACUGAAGAUUGUAGGGCUUUACCGGCUGUGUGGCUCGGCAGCUGUGAAGAAGGAGCUGCGUGAUGCCUUCGAGAGGGACAGUGCAGCCGUGACGCUCUCUGAACAGCUGUACCCAGACAUCAACGUCAUCACAGGGAUCCUGAAGGACUAUCUGCGGGAGCUGCCCACGCCCCUCAUCACCAAGACCCUUUACCAGGUGGUGUUGGAGGCCAUGGCGCAGCGACCACCCCAAGACAUGCUUAGCAGGCAGAAUGCAAAGGAGACGAUCGCUCUGCUGGACUGCCUGCCGGAGAUUGAGAAGGCUACGCUGACCGUGCUGCUGGACCAUCUCAGCUUGGUGUCCUCCUUCCACGACUUUAACCGCAUGAACUCCCAAAACAUUGCCGUAUGCUUCGGGCCAGUGUUGCUCAACCAGAAUCAGGAGCCAUGGCGCCAGAGGGCCCGCAGCUACGCCCACUGCGAGGAGAUCUCCAGUGCUGUCGACUUCAAGAGGCACAUUGAGGUGCUGCACUAUCUGCUGCAGGCCUGGCCUGCCCCCUACAGGAAAGGGCGUGGCGUGGAGGGCUGGGAAAGGGCCCAGUCCACCUGCCUGCGGCAGAGGCGCUGUCCUGCACUGCGGCUGGAUCUGCUGGAGAGCGAGGUGGUGGCUCGUCACCGGCCCCGAGGCCUGGAGAGCCCCCCCACCAACCGCUACGCUGGGGAGUGGAGUGUGUGCAGCCAGGAGUAUGGGCUGGUGGCCGGGCUGGGGCACGAGGUCAACUACGCCGAGGUGGCCGGCAGCGACAGCGAGAAUGAGGUGCUGGACCUGCGGGAGGGGCUGGGCGGCCCCAGCCAGACGGUCUUCGUGGGGGACUUUGCCCUGGUUGACGACCCUGAUGCGCCCUUCAGCCCCCGCCUGAACCUGAAGGACUUCGAUGCCCUCAUCUUGGACCUGGAGCGAGAGCUCUCCAAGCAGAUCAACGUGUGCCUGUGA